AUGGAGGCCGAAAGGGACCGGAACACAGGAGUGAGCAACAUCUUCAUACGGGGUGGCACGAAACCUCCGUACCGCACGUUGGAUGUUCAACGCACGUGGCUGUUCCUGCAGUGCGAUAGAAAAAACGGUCUCUCACUGUUCGAUCUCACGUCUGGCGUCUCUCCUGCCCCUGCUGCCGAUGCUGACAGCGUUGUUCGCUCACAGUGGGCCACACGCGAUGCUGCUGCCCGUCUUGCUGUGCGUAGUCACUUGCCGUCCACUGAGCGCGCGCAUUUUAGUCAGUACAAGAGUGCUAAGACCUUGUACGAUGUUGUAGUUGCACGCUACUCUUCCCCUGCCACUGCUGCCCUUAGCCGCCUCAUGAUGCCGUACCUGUUCCCUAACCUCGCCGCCUUUCCCACAGUCGCUGACCUCAUUACCCACCUUCGCACUAGUGACACCCGCUACCGCGCUGCGUUUCCUGCUGAGUUCUGCGCCAAGAACCCCCCCCCCCCCAUGUACAUCACCCUCUAUUACAUUGUCACCCGGCUCCCUGACUCCCUUCGCUCGGUCAGGGACCACUUCCUCUCUGUUUGCCCCACCACACUCACCGUUGACCUCCUCAAGGAGCGCCUCCUGGCAGCUGAGAAGAGUGUAGUCGCUGUAGGAGCCUCUCGUGGUGACCCUCGUACCCCCUUCUUUGAGGGGUGCUCCCCCUCCCCCCUUUUGCCCUCUGUUGCCUCUGCUGCUGCGGUCGACUUCGUUGGCACCGAGUCGGUCGGCGCUGCGUCUGCCCCUAGCGGGAGACGCCGCACAGGCAAGGGCAAGUGGGGCAAGGGCGCUGGAGGAGCUGGCGGGGGCGGUGGAGGUGGUGGUGGAGGCGGCGGAGGGGGUGGGGGUGGCGGAGGGAGUGGUGGUGGGGCUGGGGGCGUCGGUGGCGGCGGUGGAGGAGGAGGCGGCGGCGGCGGAUUGCAACCUGAUUGGCCUCUCUUCAAAUGGGGGCGCCCCCUUUGGAGACAAGUCCAAGGUAAUCGCCCUUGA